UAGUGAUUCGUUCGCUGUCAGUGGCAUUUCUUUCACGAAAAUUACAUUAAACAAAUGGCGUCAGACGACGACCAUUUUGGCCAUUUUUUCCUUUUAUUUCGAAUUUCAUUGCAAAUUGAAUUGCGAUGCACUCAUUAUCAUCAUCAAUACGCAAUUCGGCAUGCGAAUGAGGCGGCCAAAUCUUGCGAACAAGUGACUCAUUAUUAUAAGUUGUAACACUAUACGUUCUACAAUAUGUGAUUUUCGGCAUUUUAUGGCUUCUUUUUGAAGGGAGAGAAAGAGAGAAAGAGAGAGAGCGAAAAGCCUUGUUAAAUAAAAAUACUCCGCUACAUCGUCAUUUUCUUGACUUUUCGCGCAAAAGAAAAUACACAACUACAGUCAUUUUCUUCAAUAAUUCACUUAAAUAUUUCCAUAUUUCACAACUAGGUAAAACAACAAAACCAAAAUAUUGCGCCAGUCUUAUUCAUUAUUUGAGUUGCAGUCGUACAAUUGUUACUGCGUUCAACGAAGUUCCCACAUUCGUUUUCGACUUCUCAACCGAGAAUGUAUUCAUUGCGAUAAGCAAUCAAAUAAUAAUUUUCGAUUCACUUGAAAGUGAAUCAUAAUCCAACGAAAUUGAUUUUUUGUCUGUUUCAAAAAAUAAAAUUUACGGAUAAAAAUUAAAGACUAUUUAAAAGAGAAAGACUUUUAAGACCAUUUGUAUGAACUAAUAAAAAACGUAAAUUUCCAAUUGACGACUUUGUUAACCAUUUGUGUCGACCGACAAUUGUGUGUUUGGUGCCGAAAAAAUUGUGCCAAACGUUAUUGCGGGUUGCUCGACGAAGGAAAAAAUUUUGCAUUUUUUUGUUGUUGUUAAAUGGCUACGUGUGUGAAUCUAUCGACCAUGCAAAAUUAUCAGAGAGCAUUGAAUGCAUUGAGUCUUCAGUAUUCGAAUUGGACAAUACAUCGAAUUCCAAUUCAUUGGAUGCUUACAAAGCAAUGCUAUGCCGUCAGUGAUCCGAAUCGGUUUUCCGAAGCGACGAUUAUUCAAACGACUUUCUUGGCAAGCGGUCAAUACCUAUUUUCAAUGAUCGUACUGCUGAUGAUACUGUUGCUCUUUCGCCGGGCCACCACAUCCAUCAUCACAAAAGACGAUUCGUUAGCAUAUUUAUUCAAGGAUUUGAUCGCAUUACUAAAAUUACUGCAUUGGAAAAAUUGCGAUUAUUUGCACAUUGCAUUCACCACCAGUUGUUUUCUAGUAUUUAUUGCAUUGCUACCACUGUUACUGACACUGUGGCUUUGCAUGCUGUGCUACCGCCACCAUAUUCAUCAUACGAUCAAACGAAAAUAUGGCGAUAAAUUUCGUGGAUUUUUAGAUGGGUCAGAUGCGGUCUGGGCCCUUGAAGAUGAUUUUGCGAAAAGUGUUAUAAAUAUUAUGGCAUUGGUGGAAAUCAACGUGCAGAGCAACAACAGUGCGGCAGACAGUGCGGUGAAUAUUCUAUUGGCAUUACGGAAGCGAUUGUCAUUACGUUUUCUCGGCGAAUACAAAACAUUCCCCAAGCUAUUCUACAAGCGUUGCAAAGAGCACGGCUACUCAUUUUGGACCAAUGAAAAUGAAUGCACAAUCGAGGAUUACAUUCGAUUUAUGCCGAAUAUAACCGAAGCCGCAAAGCAUACUGAUAACAAGAAAUAUAUUGAAUCGGCAUUUGGGGCGCUUUGCAAUAUGCCACUGAUGAAUAAUCAUUCAGCUUCAUGGGAAAUUCUCGUUUCCAAACGCCACAUCACCGACUACAACAGCGAAGGCAAUCUGGCCACACACAUUCCGGUUCUAUUCCGUAUACAUCAUUCACUGGGCGAUGGUGUUGCAUUGCUACGGCUAUUUUUGGAAACCAUUGCCGAUCGAGAAAAUUCCAAAAAGAAUCUAUGGACAAACUGCAUACAUCAACGACAAAAACUGAAAACAUAUUUUGAAAAUGAAUUCUCUCCACCCACAUUUGUGCAAAAAUUCUCCAUCUGGAAAUCGAUUGCGUCGAUGAAUGCACGCGAAUUCCAACGCAUCUGGAAUCGAUUGAAGUUGUAUGUGCAGAAUUUGGCAACACGAAUCAGCAUUUUAUUCUUAUCACCUGCGUCGAUUGUUCAACAGGGUUUUAAAAAAAUUGACGAAAAUACACUACACCAACAGAAAUUGACGGGCGACAAAAUUAUUUGCUGGCACUUUGAAAACGAUGAUGAUCUUGAUUUGCUCGAUACCAUGAAAGCAAUCAAACGAAACUUCCAAGGUGUUCGUUUUUCAGAUGUUCUUCUUAGCGCGCUAUCCAUCAGCUUCCAGAAUUACUUUGAAUCGAAAGGACACCACAUACCAAAUACAAUGACAGCUGUUCUACCGGCUCGCAUUGAAGCUGAAGGUGCGCAAUUAAAGCUGCAGAAUAAGUUUUCGGUUGGGCUACAAACGUUGCCAAUACGAGGCAGACAAUUUGUGAACACACAAGCAUCUCGUUUUCACUCAAAAAUGAUGGAAGUGAAAAAAUACUCGGAUUUAUUGCGAAGUUCGCCCGAUUAUUUUGUAAACUACUGGAUAAUGUCAUUUCUAUCAUCAUUGCUCCCCGAAAGUAUGUUAUCUUCGUUAACGGAGAGUGUGCACAGUACGAUUGCAGUAUCGAAUUUGCCGGGGCCGCAAACAAUAACAUACAUCAGUGGUUAUCGAAUAAGUAAUAUGACUUUUUGGUUGCCAAAUCGCGGUUCAACUGGAAUCGGUAUAUCGAUUCUAUCCUAUGGCUAUAAAUUGCAGCUCGGCUUGAUUGGUGAUCGGGCGGUCAUUUCAAAUCAAUAUGAUGCGCAACGAAUAUUGGACGGUGCUGUCAACGAAAUCCGAAAUAUGGCCUUUAAAAAGUACAAUCUCAAACGAAAUAGUGUCGCCUUUUAAACCGAAAAACGAACGUUCAUUAAUUUGGUGCUCAUUUUCCAUCUCAUUUAUUUGGGAGAGGAUCAGUAAACCAAGUCGGGUUUUGGGUUUCGCCGUAUUUAACCAGGAAUAAUCGAUUCAAAGCUAAACCGUCCAAAUUUUUAUUCAACAUUGAAAUGAAAGGCGUUCAGCGUGGAACAUAUUUUCUGUUUUUCUUCUUCACAAAGGAAUAUAAAAAAGCAUAUAAGCAAACAAACAAACAAACAAACAAAUAAAGUAUUGACUAACAGUC